AUGUCAUCAUGCUUGCAAGACUCCAUUCUCUCACAAACUCUUACACUCCAAUCGAUUACAGAUUGGAUCAAUGAGACCAACAAAUCAGAAGAGGUUUCUCUUGGAAGCGAUUCCUCUUUCAUUUCCUUUUUAAAAAGUUUGAAAGAUGGCGUUGCUCUUUGUAAACUUGUGUCAAAAUUGAAGGGUCGUUUCAUUAUGUUUAAUAAGAAUCCGAGAAAUAUGGAGUUUAUGGAACAAGAAAAUUUUGAAACAUUUAUCAAGACUCAAUUAAUCACUCAAGCAUCAAUGAGUAAUUCAUCAGUGUCACAGCUGAAUGGAAAGGAAACUCACAAAUUGUGUGCUCAACCUGAUUCGAAUUGUGCUACCUCACCAUUGGCAUUAUCAUUGAUGAGAGUUCUGAUUCAGUUAUCGGAAAGUGUUGCUGGAAAGGCAUCGUAUAGAGGGCCUGUGUUGAUCAUUGGUUCAGAUUCUGUGACAUUUGUUCGUGGCUCCACUUCAACAUCUGUCACAACCACCUCCACACGAACAACAAGUCCAGAAGAAUCAAAACAAGUGAUCAAUUCUCCCGAAUCAAAUGAUGUCACUACUUUCAAAUCAAACCUUGUUGGUGAAAAGAAGGUCUUCAAAGAAAAUAUCGAACCAGAAGUCGCCAAAAAAUACGAAUUAUUAACAAAGGAAGAUAUUGACUCUGUUUUGAAAGUAUACAGAAAUGAACAAAUGGAAGCCAUCAAACAGCAAUUGGAAAAAUUCAGAAAAACAGAAGAAGAAAAAAUCAAUAGAGAGCUCAAACAAAUGAGACAAAAUAUGAUUAAUCAAUUACAACGUGAACAACGAGAUUUUGAAAUGGAUAUGAAACGACAAGCUCAAGAAUUGCUCGAAAAAGAAAAAGCAAACAUUUCUACUAAGCCACCACCAGUCUCAAAAACAGUGGUCACACGAGAAAAGCGUAUUAGUAUUGAAUUGCCAAAGAAUGAACCUGUCGAACCUAAAAAAGUCGUUGAAGAAGGAUCUUCUGCAGCUAUUCAGAAGAAAUUAGAAGAAACCACCGAAAAAUUAAUCGCUACUGAAGUGAAAUAUGAAAAAUUAUUGGACGAUCUUAAAGAACAAUUAUCAAAGAAAAAGAAAGAAGUCGAAAGAUUGGAAGAAGAAAACAUGCUUCUUGCCAAGAGACUGAAAAAGCUCAAAAAUAUCAAACUCAACGAUGGAUUGGAAGAGUUGGACAAAGAAGAUGUCACCUCUAAAAGUAUUCGAUCACUUCAUACCUUACUUGCCAAUUCAGGUGAUGACGACGAUGACGUUCCUAAUUUUUCACAUCCCUCCAAUUCUUCUUCCUCUACUAGGAGCGCCACUGAACCUUCUCACUCAGUUUUGAAAACAAGAGAAACUUUACCCUCUGUGAGAUUUUUAUCACCAUCUUUGAAGAAAUCAAAUUCUUCGGAUGUGCACGAGGACAAUGCCCUCAUUGAUGAACAUUCCAUUCAAGUGGAAGAACCUUCUCUUCUUUCCAUGUCUGAUGACGAGGAUGACCACCAGCUUCAUCAAGAGGAAGAUGAAGAACCCAUUGUCUUUCAAACAGCAGUCCUUAAAAAAGUUCCCUCAAAUGUCCAUCGAUUGGCACAACCAAUUCGUAGUUCCUUUGACACUGAUGAAGAAUUGUUUGAAUCGAGUUAUAGUGAUUUGAAUAAGAGUGAAACAAAGAAGAAAAACAACAAACAAUUGCCAGCAAAGAAGAGCAUCUUUAAUUCUGACAUUCAAUAA